AUGAAUGAGAGGUCAUCUCGAUCACACACGAUUUUCCGGAUUAUUCUGGAGUCGAAAGAUGCCAAUCAGAAAGAUGGACCUGUACAUAUAAGCUACCUUAACUCAAUGGACUUAGCUGGUUCUGAGAGAGUUUCUCUGACGAAAGCUGCUGGUGAGCAUCUUAAAGAGGGGGCUAACAUAAACAAAUCUUUGUCAGUAUUAGGAAAUGUGAUAAGGCAACUAAGCGAGGGGAAGGAGUUUAUCAGUUAUCGCGAUUCGAAAUUGACUAGACUGCUCUCACAGGCUCUUGGCAGUAAUUGGUAUAACGUAUCGUAUCAAGGAGUUGCAAACGUGACCAAAGGAACUAUCUCUAGCUCAGAUACUGCUAGAGCUAAAUCACCUACUAUAGUAUGGUAA